AUGGCCACUGAAUAUUUUUCACCAAAAAAUUUUGAGAGAAAAAUAUAUGGUAGCAGCACAGAUGCAAGAAGAGACCCUGGAGAAUAUUGGAAUAUUGUGAUGAAAAAUGAGCCCAUGCCUAUAGCAAUCAAGCAUCUUAUGCCUCGGUAUGACGUUCUUUUCGAGCCAAGGCCAACUGUAACUUCUUACCAUGAUGAUGAAGUCAGUCUUAAAGGAGAAAAGUCUUUUGAACCACGACCGAUUGUAACUACUUACCAUCAUGAUGAUGUUGGUCUCAAACAAGAAAAAUCAUCAUUUACUAAAGAUUUCAAACCAAGGCCAACUGCAACUUCUUACCAUGAUGAUGAAGUUAGUCUUAAAGGAGAAAAGUGUUUUGAACCACGACCGACUGUAACUGCUUACCACCAUGAUGAUGUUGGUAUCAAACAAGAAAAAUCAUCAUUUACUAAAGAUUUCGAACCAAGGCCAACUGCAACUUCCUACCGUGACAAUGAAACUAGUCUUAAAGGAAAAAAGUCUUUUGAACCAAGGCCAAAUGUUAGCAUGUAUAAUGAUUGAUAUGGCAAAGUCAUUGUGUGUCAUUUAAUCUCCCUCCGUUCGUUGUUAUGUGGGCUAUGGAAUAAGGAUGGAUAAACAUGAUAUUGUACUAUAGUAUUUCUUGAGUUAAAUGUAAUGGUUGUUUCAUUGUGUGCAAUUUUUCCUUAUUCUUAGAGCGUUUAUUACCUUA